CGCGGCUUGGCGCGGCGCGGGCGCUGCUGUGGCUGAUCUGCAGCUCUGAUCAUCUCGGAUUGGGAGUCGCUGCGAAAUCCGCUGAAAACAUGUCCGACGACGAACAGCAGGAGCAGACCAUCGCCGAGGACUUGGUGGUGACCAAGUAUAAGAUGGGCGGCGACAUUGCCAACCAGGCACUGAGGUUGGUCAUCGAUGCGGCCAAGCCAGGUGUGUCUGUCCUUAGCCUGUGUGAGAAAGGCGAUGCUUAUAUUAUGACAGAAACUGGCAAGGUUUUCAAGAAGGAAAAGGACAUGAAGAAAGGCAUUGCGUUCCCCACCUGCGUGUCAGUCAAUAACUGUGUAUGCCACUUCUCUCCUUUGAAGAGCGACCCUGACUACACACUUAAAGAUGGAGACUUGGUCAAAAUUGAUCUUGGAGUACAUGUUGAUGGCUUUAUCGCCAACGUGGCCCACAGCUUUGUUAUUGGGACUAGUAAGGAAGCACCUGUGACGGGCAGGAAAGCCGAUGUUAUCAAAGCCGCCUAUUUGUGUGCAGAGGCAGCGCUGCGUCUUGUAAAACCUGGCAACCAAAACACACAGGUGACAGAGGCAUGGAACAAGAUCGCUCAUUCGUUCAAAUGCAAUCCGAUUGAGGGUAUGUUGUCGCAUCAGUUGAAGCAGCAUGUCAUUGAUGGAGAGAAAACCAUCAUCCAAAACCCUACAGACCAGCAAAAGAAGGACCAUGAGAAAGCAGAGUUUGAAGUCCAUGAGGUGUAUGCUGUGGAUGUACUGAUUAGUACAGGAGAAGGGAAGGCAAGAGAUGGAGGCCAGAGGACUACAAUCUACAAGCGGGACCCCAGUAAACAAUAUGGACUGAAGAUGAAGACCUCCAGAAUUUUCUUCAGCGAGGUUGAAAGACGCUUUGACGCGAUGCCUUUCACUCUCAGGGCGUUUGAAGAUGAAGGUAAGGCUCGUCUGGGAGUGGUUGAGUGUGCCAAACAUGAGCUGCUGCAGCCCUUCAGCGUACUCAAUGAGAAGGAGGGAGAGUUUGUGGCUCAGUUUAAGUUCACAGUGCUGCUGAUGGCCAAUGGGCCUUUGAGAAUCACCAGUGGGCCUUUUGAGCCAGAACUCUACAAAUCUGAGCAUGACGUUCAGGAUCCUGAGCUGAAGUCUCUGAUACAGAGCUCAGCAAGUCGUAAAGCACAGAAAAAGAAGAAAAAGAAGGCUUCCAAGACUGCAGAAAAUGCUACAGGGCAGCCAGUAGAGAAUGAAGUUGCUGCCGAAUAGAUAACCCAUACCCCUAAACAACAUACUCACUCACCUAUACACAUACACAAAUGCAUAACAUCUAGUACAAACUUCAGUUUGUCUUGCCCCACUCUUAACCUCUUGCCCAUUGAACACUGACAAAGAGUCACACUCAGAACAUGGGUAGUGUCCUUUGGAACAACAUUAAUUUAAAUUUGGACUAAAGUGACUUUGUACUGAUUUUUCAUAUAAAUCUCUUUGCUCUUACCUUUUUAAAUCACUUUAGAUUGAAAACUGGAACACCAUACCUUUUCAAAAUGAAACAUUAAAAAAAAAAAAGAAACACAGUCAUUUUGUAGUUGCAGUUUCCACCAUAUCAAUGAUUGCUCUAAUAAACAAAUGUUUUGGCCUAAUAUCUGAAUCAAAAUUGCUAAAUCAUGGAGUGAGGACUCAGAAAUCUUUUGUCAUUCCUCAGGGUUGGAAUGUUGUGAUUUCUAAGCGGAACCUCCCACUGUUAAGGACUGGUCGAUCUUUGUAUUUUGGAUCUGGAACCUUUCCAUGGAAGACUGGAGUGCUUUCUGGGGCAUUAGAAUCAGAAUUCUCUAUACGAGAUUCUUACUUACUCCAUACUAGAUAAUUCUUAAAUGGAACCUAUGAGAAGUUUUGGGAACUGUUUCCCUUGUUAACUGCCAUCCCUGUCUUCUCUCAAGCCUGGCUGAGCUUUAAACCAGAGGGCAGCUUUGUCUGAUUUCAUUUCUCCUCUCAUCCUCUUUUCAUUGAUUUUUCAAAAAAAAAAAAAGAAGAAAGGGUUUGUUGCUUAUCUCAUACAAAGUUUGUAUUGGAUCAGGAAACUAGUCCCAGUUCAGUUUAAAACUUGACUCACAUGCUCUAAGUAACAUGUUGAAGCCCAUGUGAAGUUUAGUUUCACAUAAGGUAGAUUAGGUCCAAAUCACUGCCAAGCCACUUUCCCAGGCCUGUUUUUAUUCCAUGUACAUUCACCAGAUGCCCUUAAGCUAAUGAAUUCUAAAAAUAUGAAUCAUGUUUAAAUCGCAAGUUCUAUUGGAUUUUCAAACUCAGUAUGAAGGAGAUUUUUGUCUGAAACUAGUCUUCCUGUCAAAUUUUAGGUAAGAUCAGUUGUCAGUUUUUCUCCAAACUGAGGGACGUCUGGGCUUCAGAGCUGCUUUCAGUAGAAGUGCUGAUUUAGCAUCUGUUUCUGUGAGGAAGGUCAUCAUAAAGAGAAGAGGAAUCUAAAGUCUAAUGAUCCUAGAUCCGUAGACUUCCUCUGACAUUCAAGCUUUAUGAACGGGUUGUGCCGACCUUACAUGUGACUUGGAUAUUUGAUAUGAAAAUGGAAAAACAGAAUGUGACUUUUAACUCCUUGCUUGAGUAAUAAGCUAAAGGACUCCUGACAGGCUUGUUCAGAAUGACUUUCCUACAGUCUUUGGCCAGUUUUCUUCAGCAAGGGCCUAGGGGAAGUGUCUGGGCUCUGAUUUAGAAUUUGACUGAUGUAUGAACCUAGCAGGAUUAUAAUGGGCGAAUAAGGUGGCAUGUGAUGUGGCUGUGGUGAGGGGAGUCUGGUUUAGCCUGUCUUUUGUUCCAUCCCCACACCCUUAUCUCAGGCAAUGCCUAAAGGCCUGAUGUGGUGUGCCUGAGACUGACACAACCUUGUUUUUGUAGGAAAAACCAGCAUAUGGGACUAUUUUACAACUAAUGAAAUAAAAUGAAACUUUGAAUAUUUUUUUCUUUAA